AUGGUAUACAACGUGACUGAGAAAGAAACGCAGCCGACUGUUUGGAGUCACAUCAACGGAACCACAGAGGAGAUCAUCGAUCGGUACUUGGUGACGGAGCUGUGCAAGGGCUGGCCGGUCUAUCGAGACGCAUCGGAAUGGAAAAACUACCGUGACUGCUUCGUGGACCAGGGCGGAUACAUCUUCACCACAUGGAGUGGCGGCAUGACCAUUGAGGACUUUAUCCAAACAUCCAUCAGCAGCCGUGCUAAUGGCGACUUUAUCAUGCACCGUGAAAACGGCACGCUCGUCGACCUCAACCCGAAGACUAACCGCGCAGUCGGCAAGAUGAAGGCGACCAUCACCCAGCGCUUCACGCUCGACGGGAUCGAGUUUGAUGUCGAGUGUGACUGCCGGUUCAUCUUUUGGUGCAUCAAGGCGCCGACAGCCGCCUCGCCGGACACUCCGGUAUGGAAGAUCAAUUUCAAGAAGCUGUUCUAUGAAAAGGACAAAAUCGUCCCCGUGGACGGAAAGAACGUCCCCGUCUUCACUAAAGAAGAGCUUGACAAGUACCCGUACGGGUAUCACUAUCUCGGUGCCGCCCAGGCGAAACUGGGCCAUAAGAUUUUGACAGAUCUGCCAACAAUGAACAAUGAGGGGUUCUAUAAGAAUUACGAGGCCAUGGACGUAUGGCUGAAGGGUGGCAAUAUUGAGUCAAUCUUGGGUGUCCCGAAGAAAAAUUAG